AAAAACCAGAUCUCAAAAAAAUGGAUAAUCAAAAAUGGAGUCUAGCUUUCAUAUCUCUCGCUUUUCUCUUCAUCACUUCCUCUUCAGCUGAAUUUCUCAUUCAACAGGUCACAGGGGGCAGAGGAGCAGAUUACAACAGUUCUUACAGUCUCACGGCGAAUCUUGGAGUGACAAGAGUGUUGAGAGAAGAGCGACCAUCGAGUAAGAUAGUGACAAUAACAAGCUUCUCUGUGAUUAAAGGCAGAGGAGAACCCUAUGAAUCCUCUGUUUUUGAGGCUGCUGGUUACAAAUGGAGAUUGGUUUUGUACGUGAAUGGUAAUCCAAACGACGGUGGAAAUGAUCAUAUUUCACUUUACGCGAGGAUCGAAGAGACAGAAUCUCUUCCAGUAGGAUGGGAAGUGAAUGUUGAUCUCAAACUCUUUGUCUACAAUGGGAAGCAAUACAAAUAUUUGACUGUUACAGAUGGAUUAGUGAAGCGAUACAACAAUGCUAAAAAAGAGUGGGGAUACGGACAAUUGAUUCCUCAAUCAACAUUUUACAACACGAACGAAGGGUACAUUGAGCAAGACACUGGUUCUUUUGGUGCUGAGAUCUUCAUCGUUAGCCCGGCCCAGCAACAAGAGAAAGUCACAUUCAUAUCAAACCCUCCAGACAAUGUUUUCACUUGGAAGAUACUUCGUUUCUCUAACUUGGAAGAUAAAUUCUAUUACUCUGACGAUUUUCUCGUUGAAGACCGAUACUGGAGACUAGGAUUUAACCCAAAGGGAGAUGGAGGAGGAAGACCAUAUGCACUUCCAAUCUUCCUCUUUGCUCAAGGCCAUAAGGCAAACUCAGUUGUUACAAACACUUGGGGAGCGGCUAAUCUGCGGUUAAAAAAUCAACGAAGCACCAACCAUAGACAAAUAUAUACUGCCGCUUGGUAUCCGAUUCGAAGCGAUUAUGGCGUGGGAGUGAACAAUAUCAUAUUGUUAGCAGAUUUAAACGAUGCAACGAAAGGAUAUUUGGUGAAUGAUGCCAUUAUCUUUGAAGCUGAAAUGGUUAAGGUCUCCGUGACCAACAUCGUCUCCGCUUAAACAUCUCUACUUCUUUAUCAUAGAUCAAACAAUCUUAUGAAUAAAGCGAUGUUUGAUGA